AAACGAAUGAAAGAAAAGAAGGGGGAAUAUGAAUUGGUGUUUCCUUUGGUUUCUGGAAGUUUCACGUGUUAGGUUGCUUGCGCAGAGAUUAUCUUUGUUGCUUCCGCCCCAAGCCUAACAUCCUUUCUCCUCGUUACUAAAACCUCUCUCUCUUUCUCACUUUCAGAAAAUUUGAGCUAUCUGGGCAGAAGGGUUUGCUCUAAUGGCAAUCAAAUCCUAUGAGAUGGUGGCUGAGCAAUACCUGCUCUCUGACCCUUUUGUUCCUUACACAUCUAUGCUUUUGGGGAUUUGCGCCUGCAAAUUGGUUUACCAUGUUAACCAUUUGCUCAGUGCUGCUUACUUCAAGGGAUAUUCUGGCCUUUCGAGGAUGAAACGUAUUGAGUGGAACAAUAGGGCUAUGUCAACUCUUCAUGCCAUUUUUAUCACAGCUAUGUCAUUGUACUUGGUGUUUUGGUCGAAUCUCUAUUCCGACUAUUCUGACAACCAACUCAAGCCAUUUGUUACUUUGCAGAGCUCCCCAUUGUCUACAUUUGUAUUGGGGGUUUCAGUUGGGUACUUCCUAUCUGACCUUGGCAUGAUCUUUUGGUUUUACCCUGCUUUAGGUGGAUUGGAAUAUGUGAUUCAUCAUCUUCUUUCUAUAGCAUCUGUAGCAUAUGCAAUGUUGACUGGGGAAGGACAACUGUAUACCUACAUGGUUCUUAUCUCUGAGACAACCACCCCCGGUAUCAAUUUGAGAUGGUAUCUUGACACUGCUGGAAUGAAGAGGACUAAAACUUAUAUGAUAAACGGGGUUAUAAUAUUCAUUGCUUGGCUGGUUGCCAGAAUCCUUCUGUUCAUGUUUCUGUUCUACCAUCUCUACCUGCAUUAUGAACAGGUAAAACAAAUGCACGCCGUUGGACAAUUUUUAGCUUUCGGGGUGCCACCGAUACUAGCUGUCAUGAAUUUGAUAUGGUUUGGGAAGAUUUUGAAGGGAUUGAAGAAGACAUUAGCAAAGAGGCAAUGAGAUUUGAUGGGGCUGAUAUUCACUUAAGAAGUGUGACCGAAGAUAAAUCUAAUUGUAUAUCCAGUUGCAUACAAUCUUUAUUCAUCUAUCCCCUUCUGAACCUCGCUUGUCUCCAUGACAUGUAAAUGGUAUAGAGUUCUCGGUGUAUAUAUGAGCUACAUCAUUUCUCAUUCAAUGCAAAUCUAAAGUAGUAAACGACUAA